AUGCGCUUCUCUACCGUCGCUGCUACUGCCGCUCUCGCCGUUGGCGCCUCCGCAUGGCAAGGCAACUCGACCGCCCCGGUCUACAUCACCGAGGUCGUCACUGCCUACACCACCUACUGCCCUACUCCCACUGAGAUCACCCACGGCGGCUCCACCUACACCGUCACCGAGGCCACCACCCUGACUAUCUCCGACUGCCCUUGCACCGUCACCAAGCCCAUGACCUCCUCGGUUGUCACCUCGUGCGCCACCUGCACCCCGGUCGCUCCCCACGUCCCGUCCUCCAGCGCCCCGGCUCCUCACGUGCCCUCUUCAAGCGCCCCAGCUCCCCAUGUCCCAUCCAGCAGCGCCCACUACAACAACGGCACCACCCCCAUCACCUCUUCUGCCACCCACCCAGCUGGCACUGGCUCCCCAUCUGCCACUAGGAGCGGCCCGAUCGCCACCUUCACGGGUGCUGCCAACAAGGCCUUUGCUGCCUCGGGCGCUGGUCUUGCUGCCGUCUUCGGCUUCGCUGCUUACGUUUUGUAA